AUGUUCAAAGCUUCUUCGAGUUUUGUCAGUGGGAGAAAUACAGUACGCAUUUACAAAAGUGACCAGGCAAAGGAAGCUUUUGCAAUGGAGAGCUCAGAUCACCAUUGGUUGGAGAGGCUAUUUCCUCCUCAUUUCAGUGAGGAAGACUUCUUUCGUGGAGCCCAUCAGCCUGAACCACUAAUUUGCGAAAAGCUGGCUUUGGAGAGAGCAAGGAGAACUGCAGAACUUUACAAUAUGGCAACAGCCAAGCUUCAAGCUGACCAAUGGUUGCAAAGGAAGGGAUCUCCUUCCAAACUAAUUAUAAAUGAGCAUGAGCCAAGCUUAGCAGGGACAAAGAUAAAAUCAAAGGAGGAAACAGAAAGGGAUUCUGCCUGCUGCAGAUCCACUAAUUUAGAUGCUGCAUCUGAAGAAGGCAUGGUAAAGACAAAAGGUCACUGUAUCUGGAAUGCAAAGGAAUUUGCGGCUUUAAGGCAACAAAUGAAAAAGGAGCAUUCAGGAAACCUUGCUUUAAAGCUUCAGCUGUCCUUUCUAAAGGCCGAGUUGGUGGAACUUAAAGCCAAAUGCAAAAAAUUAGUGACUGAAUUUGAACAAGCUCAGGAAGAGCUGAGCCAUUCCAGAAAAGAGAGACUGUGUCAGGCUGCCCAGUCAGAGCAGAUUCAAAGGCAAUGCUUCGAAAAAGACUCCAAGAUCGAAGCUUUUCAACGAGAUCUAUGUGAGAAAUCGGGAAGCAUCAGAAGCCUGAAGAAGGAGCUACAGCAGGCCCGAGAAGAAAUCUUGCGCUUCGAUCUUCAGAAGAAGGAUUUGCAACAAGAGUUGGAGAAGCUCAAGGAGCAGAGAGAUUUUGAAAACAAGUUAGCGACCGGAAAGGUGAAACUGCAUUAUGAUAUGAAAGUUAGAAAAAUACAAAAGGAGUUGGAAGAGGCCAAAAGGGAACUGAGUAUCGAGAAAGCCUUGAACACUAAAAAUACUAAAGCCCUAGAAAUGCUUAAGAAACAUUUCUCAGGCCAACCAUCAUCUGAUGUUGUUCAAAAUCUGAGGCUCUACUUUCUUUAA